GCGACACAGCAAAAGGAAAGCUUCUUCUUUCAGUAGCGAAAGAAUAUGUUUUCCUGCUCGAUUUUACGUUAUUAUUUGCGAUAUGGCACCAAAUCGUGGAAAACGCUGACAACGGUUGGACCUUCAUCAACGCCUACUGUCGAAAACGAGGCUCAGCCAACCAGUGACGUAAAAAUGCCAGACGACAGUAUUGCUGUUAGUAAACAAACACCUGGAGGCUUUCCGUUUGCUACGGCACGAAUAGGGCCGUUUUUUCAGGAGCAGCCCACCUUGCACAAUCCUUUCAAAGAUGACCAAUAUCUGCAGAGAUAUCUUCAACGGGUUCUACCGCCCGAGGUGCACCGCGACGUCGUCGCCGACCUCGAUCGCUUCGGUCGACGCGUCGUCGCGGAGAUCGACGCGCUCGGCCGGGAAUGCGAGACGCAGCCUCCCUCGCUGCGUCGCUAUGCCGCCUGGGGGCGGCGCACCGACGACGUUGCCACGUGCGCGGCAUGGCGGCGCCAGCACGCUGUCGCCGCGGAGGAGGGUCUCGUGGCGGCGGCGUACGAGCGAAGCCACGGCGCGUGGAGCAGGCUUCACCAGCUCGCGAAGCUCUACCUGUACGCGCCGUCGUCCGGACUCUACAGCUGCCCGCUCGCGAUGACAGAUGGCGCCGCUAAGCUCGUGGAGACGGCGGGGCGGCCGGCGUCGCUCGAGCGAGCGUUCGAGAGGCUGACGUCGCGCGACCCGGCAAGGUUCUGGACGUCCGGACAGUGGAUGACCGAGCGACAGGGAGGGUCAGACGUCGGAACGGGAACAGAGACGCUGGCUAAGCCGCACCGCGACGGAUCGUUCAGGCUCUACGGAUACAAGUGGUUCACGUCGGCCACCGACGCCAACAUGGCCUUCACUCUCGCCAGGGUCGCCGACGCUGACGACCGGCCGAAGCAGAAAGGUUCGAAGGGUCUAUCUCUCUUCUACCUGGAAACCAGAGAUGAAUCCGGCAAGCUGAAUAACAUAACAGUUGAACGCCUGAAGGACAAGUUAGGCACCAGACAACUGCCGACUGCAGAGUUGAUACUAGAUGGUGCUGUUGCUCACAAGGUGGGCGAGGAGGGAAGCGGAGUACUUGGCAUCGUGCCAAUGUUGACAAUAACGCGACUGCAUAACAGUGUAUCGGCCGUCGCAGGAAUGCGCAGGAUGAUCAGUCUGUCGCGAGACUACAGUACCAAGAGAACAGCAUUCGGCAAGCUGAUCUGUGAUCAUCCGCUGCACAUGCAAACAUUAGCGAGACUUGAGGUGGAGACACGAGGCGCAUUUCUGCUUGUCAUGGAGGUCGGGCGUCUGCUGGGACUCGACGACGUAGGUGGCGCCAGCGACCACGACAUGCUUAUGCUGCGAAUCCUCACGCCGCUAGUAAAGCUCUACACGGCCAAGCAGGCGAUGAAGGUAGCUUCGGAGGGGCUGGAGAGUUUUGGCGGCCAGGGUUUCAUGGAGGAUACGGGUCUACCGACGCUCUUCAGGGAUGCUCAGGUCCUCAGCAUCUGGGAGGGAACAACUAACGUGCUUUCACUGGAUGUGCUUCGGUGUCUGAUGAAAUCCCGCGGCAGCACGCUCCAUGCCUUCAUGGAUGACAUCCACGCGCGUCUGGAGCCUGCCAGGGAGGUGGAGGCGCUGAGAGAGGCGUGCAGCACGGUGGAUAUGGCAGCGCAGGGUAGCAUUGACUUCGCACACGGACACAUGGAUGAGCUGACGACGGCGGCGCGAGAUUUCUCCUUCAGUCUCGCACGCGCCUACAUCGGUGCGUUACUUCUGGAGGCAGCAGCCAGCAAGAGUGCGACUAACUCCGACGUACUAACAGCUCAGAG